AUGUCAUCAUCCAACCCCGCUUCUCCUGAAGAAGCCAUAGACGAUACCGAGUUCGAGCCUGAGACUCCCCAGAAGCCUACCGCAUCCGAAAACAAUGAUGGAAGGGAAGCGCCCAAGUCGGCACCUCCAGCGGCGACUCGUGGCCGCCCGCGUGCUAAGUCUACCAAAGAGCCUACACUUCUCCACGACUUCCUUCUCGGGCGUCCAUCCAGAUCGCGGCAGACCGCUGAGCGCCAGAGAAGAAUGAGUUUAGAAGCUGUCAAGGCCGAAUUACGCCAUGAAAUGAAGCAGUCUCAAGUCAAGCGCAUCCAGCCUCCCAACGGCGUCCGAGAUCGUGUUAAGAAAUGGCAAAAAGCGAACGCUGCCGCUGCGGAGGAUGCUCCUGACGACGCUGCAACGGAACCCCCUGAUAUUGCUUUCAAUGACGAGGAUUUCCAAAGUGUAACAGAAGAGGACCGAAUCCGUAUCAAAAUGAAGAAGAAACCCAAACGACCCAACAAUAAGACGAAAGAGAGUCUGGCAACAGAAGACGAUGCCACGCCGGAGACGACACCGGACCCGGCACCAGCAUCAGUGCCAUCUCCAGCGCCAUCACCGUCACCGGCCCCAGUGACUCCAGUCACGCCAACGACACCAACUCCGGGUCCAUCGAAGCCACCGCCCAAGAAACGUGUUGUGAGCGACGAACAUUGGCGGAAAAAUCGGAAACAUAUACCCAGAAAGACGUCGCCCGCCAAAGCCCCUACUCCGGCCAAGAUACCAAAAGAUUUCGUAUUGCGCACCGCUGCUAACCCUCGCGUCGCAAGCAGAGUUAAGGCCUGGGCGGAGAAGGUCGAAGUUCCGGAUCCGCCAGCACCGAGAAGUCAUAAGUCUUCCAAAUCAGUUGGGGCGAAGCCAUGGAUGGACGAUACCGAUAGUGAAUUCAUGAGCGACAGCGAAAUGACAGUGAGCAAUGUGAAUAGCAGCCGGGUGACUGCACAGCGAUCUGCCAAGUCAAUGUCAGGGGCUGACGAUGGAAUCCGGGUUACCCCCAUGCGAAAGAAGAGGAAUAGCGGUGAUGGUAUUCGAGUGCGAGCCGUGAGAACAACGCUCACCGACGACGAAGGGAUUCGAGUGAGGCCUAUGAGCGAUAUCUCGUCUAACGCCGGAACUUCCAUACGCACUGCAAGAUUGCGGCUCAAAUCUGCUCCUAGCUCUCGACGACCUAGUAUGAGCGCCGUGAAACAGGAGAUGAAGAAGCGGCAAGCAGAUAAAGCCAAGAUCGAAGUUAUAGAGGAUCCAUCUGAGCUUUCGGCAAGGAAGUAUAUCGAAGUGAUUGAGGAUGUAUCAGAACUAUCAAGGAUCAUGAGGACAGGCGGGAAGUCAGAUCUUUCUGGGACUGCACCGAUCGAAGUUCUGGAAGACGAUUCCGUGGUGGAUACCCCUACCAAAGGAAGAAAGGCGUCAAGAAGCAAGUCAAGACCUCGACCUAAAAGUUAUCAACCUCCUACGACAAAACAGAAGGGCAAGGAAACAUGGGUGCCUGAUGAUGAGUCCACUCUGGAGCCAUCUCAGCUUGAUGGGUCCGACCUAUCUUCCAGUCUUCUGGCGAAAUCUAUAGCCGAUAUCCCUGGAGAGAUUCCUUGGGGUAACUCAGCUUUCACUGAACUUGACCUCCCUCUGCGAGAGAAAGGAGGGCCCCUUCGAAGUCGUCCUAUCCGCCCUGCCCGCCCCGCGAAGCCGGAAAGGAACACCAGCUUCAAGAACAUGCCCAAGGUUUUUAAGAAGGUCAUGGAGGGGGCUAAUAAGAUGAUUCAUGAGUUGAAUGAGCAUCCUCCUCCGAGAGAGGCGGUACCAAAUAACCCUCGAAGUAUCGAGAAGUGGCUCAAUACCACCGUCGACCCGUUUGUCGCAGAGUCCAAGUCAGAGCCUGCCACAACGCCUUUGAGUGAGACGGUACCAGAUGAUCCGUCUUCUCCUGAGACAAUCAAGAGUAACCGCCGUCCAUCUCGCAACGAGAAACGUAGGGUAUCAUCUUCAACUAUGAGUAAGCCGGAUACCGCGGAGAAAACUACAUUAAGUGAGCAACUGCCAACUACACCGGAGCCAGUCAAAGAGAAGCCUCAACCAGCCCCAGCGCCAAAGCUCGAGCCUGUCAAAGAAUCAUUACCAGUACCAGAGAAGAAGCCGACCCCCAAACCAGAGCCGGAACCUGAACCACCUUCUGUGACAGAGGUUUCACCAGAAUCCUCGCCAGAACCUUCAAAAGCACCUGAGCCUGAGCCUGAGGUCAAGACAAAGCCAAAGCGGCAAGAUACAAAGGCACCAACAAGGGCCCCAGGUGGCUCCGGCCUCAAGAGAACUAAAGCAACUCGGAAUACACCUUCACCUGCCAAGUCAAGCCCUAAAAAUACACUAUUUGGCCUGCUCAAGGAAGCGUUUACAGGCGAAUCAGGCAAUUCUCUGCCUAAGGUGAAGCCUUAUCAAAGUCGGGAGGAACGGCCUUACGAUGACGAUGACCCUGAGUCUCUGUAUGCCGACUCCAGAUACAAUGAUUCCCGGUACGAGGACUCCCGCUACGAAGAAUCUCGAUAUGGAGACUCCCGUUACGACGACGAGCUUACUCACGACGAUUCAACCGAGAUUUGGACCGAGACAGAGCUUUCCAAGCCCGAAAAGUCCAAGAGCAUCAGAUCUGCAUCUCCUGAAGAAGAGAAGAAACCUCAACCCCAGGCCCAGCCUCAACCCGAACCUCAAUCCCAACCCCAAGUGCAAGUGCAAGAACAAGAACAAGAAAAUCCUCGGGACCUAGCCCAUGAAGAAGAGCUUGCUCGGAUAGAGGAACGAGUUCGACAAGAAGAAAAGGCUCGAGAAGAAGAAAGGGCUCGAGAAAUAGUCUUCCCAAUGCGAAUGGCAGGCCCUCGUCUCCCACCGCCAACUAGGGGUCAAUAUGAGUUGUCAACAAUUCUUUCCGAGGAAGGCUCUAGUACUGUCGAAUCGGAUCUAACCACGGAUGUCACCCAAUCCACUCUUACGCAAUCCACAGGCCUCAACAGGGGGAGCAAACGUUCGAGCUCAAAGAACCAGGGCUCUGGACUUAAGCGACGACUGACUCGUCACUCUGAUCUCGUAUCAGUCCUUUCUCUUCCUGACGACAAAAACGUCCCCAGCGCCAUCACAAGCAACCGCUCAAGACCCAGUAUGCGAAAGAGUCGAGGUGGGGCCAACGAUGUGACGAAUGACGAUCUUCUCAAAGAAUUUUCCGAAGAUGAGAGUCUCUAUCUUAGAGAGUUGAAGACACUGGUCGACGGUGUUAUUCCAGUCCUACUACAACAAGUUGUCAAUGGGGAUGAUGCAUACGACAUCUUCGGGUCUGGUGCCCCAGUCACCAAAGCAGAUGCUCUUUCAAAAUCUGUAGUGAACAUGGGAGUUGCACUAGAAAAGCUUCGAAUGGCACACCGCAAAGCACCCGUCCAAGAUAUUCGUCGGUUAGCAUCAUGGGGCCAUGGUGUUGUGCCUAUCUAUCACAAGUACCUUGACGCCUGGAGACUAGGCUUCCAGAAUCUUGUCGUUAAUCUUGCCCCAGCGGCCGGAUCGCCGGAGGAUGAAGAUUCCCUCGUUGGGGCAAUGCCUCGAAACGAAUCUGGAGAUAUUGUUGAUGCCACAGGAGAGCGCGUUGACGUGGCUCAUCUUCUGAAAAGGCCUUUGCUUCGACUCAAGCAGAUCGCCAAAUUCUUCAAGUGUGUCGAUGCCAUUCUUGGGACGAACGACACCUACGAUCUCCUGAACGACUUUGAAGACCUUCAAGAGAAGGCCCGUCGUCGACACAGAGAAGAAAUGGCCAGGUUGACAGAUGAGGAUGCGAUCAACACCGACACUACUAGAUCGCGAGACCUCCGAACACUUGCUCCUAUGGAGUCUGUGUACAUCGAACCAGCGAGACAAGUCAGUGCCAAGGACUUCUUCUCCUUCGACUUGGCGCACUCCAAUGGCCAAAGACUGGAGUGCCAAGUCGAGCUGGUGCACCGGGACAACCAACGCCAUCCUGAAGAUAAGGGAGAUCUUUUGAUCCGCGAGAACGGAGAGAAAGGCCGAUCAUACCUUUUGUUCCCACCUGUGCCACUCGAGUUGAUAUCGGCUAGAACAGGAGAUGGCAACUUUGACAUGGUGGUCAUGAUUCGCGGAUCCCACAAUGACAGACCAUGGCAAGAAUUGCUCACACUUACAACCGAUAACGAAGACCAGAUUCUAGACUGGCUCGAUAUUCUCCCAGUCUCUCCUGUUCCACCCAGAGAGCCAGAGCCUAGUGUGAUUGAUGACGAGGAACCGUACUCACAAUCUCGAAUGCCAGAUGUACCCGUGGGUGUCCGAGGAUCUUCUCGCAAAUACUCAGCUCAUUCUCUUCGAAACUCGCAUUCUCGCCGCUCAUCUGCCGCCGAGUCACCUCCGGCCAGCCCGACCUCACCCACUAUCCCCAAGCGAACAUUGCCAGCUAGAUAUCGACCCCGAUCAGCCUCCCCAGCAAACCCUUCUCCUCUUAGGUCGCCUGACCAGUAUGAUCCACAGAGGACUCCAAGCCAGCACGACUAUCAGUACGAUGAGAGACCCAUGACAUCGCAGAGCAUGCAGCCUGAUCCCUUGAACAUCCGCAAGAGUCCAAGCAGCGUAUCAUAUCGAGAUGAUGGUGCACCACCGCCCCCAGCUCAUCGAAGCCUGAGUCCCAGCCCGGGCCCUCAACCUAGCUCGAAGUCCAAAUAUGCUAAGCCACCUCCUCUGGAGCCACCUACUAGUAGUCGCGUCAAGCGCCGUACAUCGUCCCCACUGAAGCAUGAAUACCUACCUUCAGACCAGUCGUCGAUAUCUGGUACUUCUAUCACAGGCAGCUACCACUCUGAGGAUUACACCGACUCCGAUUACAGCUAUGACUCCUCAGACGAUGAUAUUGAGAGUGUUGAUCUCCCUGAGACCGAACUGGGAGUUAGCAUCAGAGACGAAGCCAGGUCUCGUGAUACUAUUGAAGAGGAGCCGGAGGACCGCCUGGAAACCUUGCCAGAAGAGGAGUACCCUCAAGAGUACCAACGACGGGAGCUCCACGAAUCCAUCUUAUCAGGCUCAAACAUCGAUAGCCUGGCACCAUCCAACUCUGCUUCUCAGGCCGGCCUCUAUGGACAAAAGACUGCCCCAGAAGAGAAAGCCGCAAGAUACACUGCUACUAUUUCCAGAUGGUCCGACAAGGGUAUGUGGAAGAACGUUGCCGGAGACAAUCUCUCAAUCAUCGUUACUCCUGGUUUGAUUGAGGCCUAUUCCGUCCAUAGUGGCGCUGAGCAAGGAGAUAAGCCGGUACUCGCACUUGAUCUCACUCCGCUUGUCCUUAUCCGCCAGAGCACAGCUGUCGAUCUCGAAAUUCGCUCCUCAGUCAGACCCGACUGCCAGCUGGCCAGUUCCCAUAGCGGAGGAAACUUCCGUUUCCGAUGCCACAACGGCCCUGAUUGCUACAACUUUUAUAUGUCGGUUCAUCACGCCCGUCUCAACAACCAGAAGUUUAUCGAGCUUGAAAACGAGGCUCGAUUCAGAAGCUUUGGCGAAAACAAUCCACCACCACCUGAGAACGAUGACACCAGCAGCCGAAGACGACGAAGCUGGUUCGGCCGUAAGAACAGCUACCGAGGUUCCGUCCGCGCACCAACUCAAUCUUAUGACGGCGCAAGCACUACUCCUUCAUCUACUCUCUCUGCGUCUAGCUUCCUCAAGAGACUCACUGGACGUGGCUUGCCUUUCAGUCUGGCCCGCUCCUCUGUUAACCGUAGCAGCCGCUAUGGCGGUGGCGCUAACACACCUGGAUCCUCAUCUUACGGCGGCACCACUCCUCGCUCGCCUUCCAUCAGUGUUGAGAAUAGUGGUCGUGGCCCUGUUAGUUUCGGCACUGAAGAUCUUAAGAUCCGCUUGCAUCUCCUUGUUGCAGCUGCCAAGUGGGAAGACUUUGGCAACUGCAAGCUUUCCAUCCGACGACCUCCGCCAGGUUGGCACCAGGCUCUUCGUGCCGAUCACGGAAUGGAAAAGCGUGUUACUGUUACUACCAUCCCACGGAAGGACUCAGAACAGCCCAAGGUGCUAUUAGACGCCGUCCUGGGCAGUGGCUGUUUCACACCCAUGGGCAGCCGCGGUAUCGUGUGCGGCGUCUGGGAAGAAAUGAAGGGCAGCAACGGUGUUGUCGGCGUUGUUCCGGCUACAGGCCCUACAGGCGGCAACGUCAAGAAAUGGUGUUUCCAGUGCGCCAGUGUCGCAGAAGCGAGCUGGGUGCUGAGGCUUGUCCAUCAAGAGGUCAUGACCAUCUAA